UUGUUGCAGGUUAGGAGUAUUUCCGCACUGAGGGGUGGCUAAGCAAAUCAUUGUAACAUUGUAUACAACACUGCAAGCUUCCCAGUGUUCGCCUGGACUUGAGAAUGAGUCUCGCGUGUUUAAAGGAGGACUUCGUGCGCUAACCAUUUGUCAAAUACAUGCUAGGCAGUAAUGGAUCUUUUUCUUCACGUGGAAUUUCGCUGGAUUCGGGUUGUACUGCUUCUUUGUUUAUGGGAUGUAUAUUCCGGCCAGACAGUAUAUUCAGUAACAGAGGAGGUGAAUAGAGGAACAGUGAUUGGGAAUAUAGCAAAAGACCUUAAUCUGAACGUUCAGGAGCUUGAAUCACGUAUGUUUCAGAUUGUACCUGGACUGUAUUCACAGUAUUUUAAGGUCGAUUUAAAGACUGGGCUUCUGGUGGUCAAUGGCCGAAUAGAUCGAGAUGAGUUAUGUCCGGGUAAUGUAAAAUGUUCUCUGAAGAUAGAGGUUAUUGCGCAUGGUCCUACGUAUAUGAGUCAAGUGGAAAUAAAUGUUUUAGAUAUCAACGACAAUCCACCAACCUUUCCUGUCCAAUCGUAUGCAUUAAACAUACCAGAGCACGCUUUCCAGGGAGACCGGUUUCUUUUGCAAAUGGCUAGUGACGCUGAUAUUAGCAGCAAUGCAGUAAGAACAUACACACUCAGUCCAAACGAACAUUUCUCUCUGGAUGUACAAAAUAGCCACGAACAAGGUGUAUCAGCAGAACUUGUACUGCAGAAGGCUUUAGACCGAGAGAAACAACCCGAAAUUCGCCUUGUAUUAAGUGCUGUUGAUGGGGGUAAACCUCCAAAAUCGGGGACACUGGAUAUCACGGUGCACGUCAUUGAUGUCAACGACAAUACGCCAACUUUCAGCAAAUCACUGUAUAAAACUAAAUUGCUUGAAAAUGCAUCAUUUGGAACAACUGUAAUUACAGUGAAUGCAACCGAUGAUGACGAAGGUCUAAAUGGACAAAUUAUCUACUCGUUGGCGGGACAUGGCAAUGUAAAGCAAAAACAGCCAUUUGCGAUUCACCCUGAUUCUGGGGUUAUAACUGUUACUGGACUUAUUGACUACGAGGAAACUCCGGCAUAUGAACUACGCGUCCAAGCAAUGGAUAAAGGAAACCCUCCUAGAGUUGGUCACUGCAAAAUCCUAAUUGAAGUUGUGGAUCUAAAUGACAAUGCUCCUGAAAUGUCAAUAACGCCACUGCUGAAUACUUUGGCCGAAGACGUUAAGCUGCAAACAGCUGUGGCUUUAAUCACCGUUUCUGACAGAGAUGCUGGUAAAAAUAAUGUAGUACACUGUCAAAUUGCCGACGCCUCGCCCUUCAAACUUGAGUCCUCUUACAACAAUUACUUGUCUUUAGUGGUCGACGGGCCUCUGGAUAGAGAAAGCACAUCUCAAUACAACAUCACAAUUAAAGCUACAGACGAAGGGAAUCCGCCUUUGUCCAACUCAAUUAUAUUUACUGUUCAUAUUUCCGAUGUAAAUGACAACGCUCCCAAAUUCCAGGAGCCUGUCAUAAACGUUUACUUGAAAGAGAACAGUCUUGUUGGCAGUACAAUAUUAAAAGUGACAGCACAUGAUGCAGACAUUAAAGAGAACGCAGACAUCAAAUACACCAUAGUAGACGUGAAGAAUAACGACACUCCCCUGUCUAAUUAUAUCAGCAUAAACGCCGAGACAGGUGAAAUACUCAGCGCGAAAUCGUUUAAUUUUGAAGAAUUUAAACAGUUCAGAUUUCUGAUCCAGGCUACCGACUCUGCAACACCUGCACUUAGCAGCAGCACAAGUGUAAACGUUUUUAUUUUGGAUGAGAAUGACAACAGCCCUGUUAUUCUCCCACCUUAUUCUGACCAAGGUUCCGUUAACUCUGAGAACAUUCCCUACUCUGCUGAAGCGGGCUACUUUGUGGCCAAGAUCAGGGCUGUAGACGCAGACUCUGGUUACAAUGCGCUGCUCUCUUACCACAUAUCUGAACCCAAAGGCACGAACCUCUUCAGAAUCGGAACCAGCUCUGGAGAAAUACGAACUAAAAGGCGAAUGAGUGACAAUGACUUAAAAACACACCCGCUCAUCAUCAUGGUGUCUGACGAUGGAGAACCUUCCCUAUCAGCGACGGUGUCUAUUGAUGUUGUGGUUUCUGAAGGUGUCACUGACAUGCAGAAACCCCUAGGUCAAGUACCACUAAAGGACGAUACUUUUUCCGAUCUAAAUCUGUACUUGCUCAUCGCCAUCACCUCAGUAUCAGCGAUCUUUCUAUUGAGUCUCAUCACUUUAAUAGCAGUGAAAUGCAACAGGACUGACGGUCUUUUCAGCACCUGCAGCGCCCCUAUGAUCACCACUCACCCAGACGGGAGCUGGUCUUACUCUAAAACGACCCAGCAGUACGACGUGUGUUUUAGCUCAGACACAAUGAAGAGUGACGUAGUAGUGUUCCCAUCACCGUUCCCGCUGGAUGCGGAACUGAUCAGUAUUGAUGGGGGAGACACUUAUAAAAGGACACAAACGCUCUCCAACACCAAGACGGUAAAGAGCAACGUGUGAUUUACUUAUGUUCUUAUGUUUUAUUUGGUGCCAUGUUACCCGACUAGUGCAUACAUUUUACAGGAGUCGUUGUGAUUGUUUACAUAAUCUAUGUAUGUGUACACCAACAUAAUUUACACAAACAGCACACUGUCUUACCCGGCUCUUAUUUGAAGGUGAAUGGAGUCUAACGCAUUUUAGUCAUUGACAUGCUGCUAAAUAACUCACCUGCACUAUAUAAAGUACACUUUUAAAAACACUUGUCAUACUGUUGAGCUGUUAAUAGGAUUUUGAAUAGAGCAUAUUUCUGAGUAUUGAUUAUAACCCAUAAUAUAUCCAAGAUCAAGGUGAAGCUCCUAUUGCUUUUAGGUGAAACUAGUUAGUUGGAUAUACAUUUAAUGAAAAUGCCUGUCUAUUUGUUGUCUUGUUCUUAAUCUGUUGGUGUUUUGGCAUUGUCUACAAUUGUACAUUUUAGCUGUCCUAAAAGAUCCCUGUACCAAGACACAUUUUAUGCAAGAUCUUUUAAAGGGACUUUUAACUGAUCUGUUUUGUGUUAUGGGAAAGCGUCAUUAGUGGUUAUAGGCUAUACAGUGUUUUGUUUCAAACCCUUUGCUUCCACAAACUGCUAGAAAUGUACUAGAGUGUCUUCAUCUUUUUGACAUAGUAUUAAAGUACUGUAGACCCA